AUGGUCUUGAGGGUGUUCAAAUAUUGUGGGAUACCACAAAAGGACUCGUUUCUUUUCCUGGGUGAUUAUGUAGAUAGGGGAGUUCAGGGUAUUGAGGUGAUAACGCUACUUUUUUGCCUGAAAAUCCGCUACCCCUACCAGGUCUACCUUCUACGAGGAAACCAUGAAGAUGCAAACACAACUCUUAACUAUGGAUUUUUUGAUGAAUGCAUUAGCAGGUGGCCUUCUAAUGGAAAGAAUCCUACAGGAGGGGAUAAGAUAUGGCGCCAUUUUCUAGAAGCGUUCAAUUGCAUGCCUGUUGCUGCAAUCAUUGCUGGGAAAAUCUAUUGCGCUCACGGCGGGAUAUCACCAUUUAUUAAUAAACUAGAAGACAUUAACCAAAUCAAACGCCCAUCAGUAGUACCUGCAUAUGGUAUUGGCUGCGAUCUCUUAUGGUCGGAUCCAUCUCCCCAAAAAGAUGGUUGGGUACUUAGCCACAGAGGAAUUUCAUUCCUAUUUGGUCCAAAAGCCGUGGAAGAAUUUUGUCAGAAACACAAUAUUGACAUUAUACUAAGAGGACACCAAAUUAAUAAUGAGGUAAUUCGGUAG